GUGAAAAAUGGAUAUUUGGGGUUUAGUGGAGGGCAAUCGAAUUCGUACAUCCAGUAUGCAAAUGAAGAAGUUUAUUUUGAAUCGCACCAUGGACCAUCGAAUCGGAUGGACAACCAUGAAGAAAGUCAAUGCCGAAUUUCCGAAAGCAAUCGGUCCGCUACCGAGAAUUUAGAUUAACCAAUCUGUCCAGAGAGUGAAUGGAGAUUGGAUAGAAUAUCAGUCAUGAAAAAUAAAAUUACGAGAAAGCGAGCUCCAACGGCAGGAUUAGACAAAAUGCACCAAAGAUCAACAUAAUUUCAGUUGCAUCUCGUGCAGAAAUAUCUAACAAACGCAGAGAUGUCUAUUUGCUAGAGAAGAAUUCUUUUUAUUUCAAAAGAUAUUUUACAACGAGCAUCAUAUUAUUAUUUCGUCGAAAUCAAGACCAAACUAAUACAGUUAGUGUCUCAGCAAACCGGAAGUGCGAGGCUUUUGUAGCAAACAAAAGGCUGCGGAAUCGAAGAAGGCGGAAGUUAUCAAUCGCAUAGCAUGCAACCAUUUUACCGAAAUGGCAACGAGGGAAAGAGACGUAGUAGAGAGCAUGAACGAAGAAAGAGAAGAGAUAGAGUGGCCGGAUGACGGGGAAUUACUGGAUAUGACCGGCCUUCAUUUAGUCGACGAGGGUCGGCCAUGUCCAGGCGAUGCUCAACCAGUCCAAGAGCAAGCGCAGCCAGCGCAAAGGCCAGAGGCACCCCCUGCAAACGAGGUGGCACCCCCCGCAAACGAGGUGGCACCCCCUGGAGAAGAGGCGGCUCCCCAAGCGGUUGGUGGCGCAGUGCCCGCCCCGGGAGCAGCAGAAGACAACCAGAAACCACCAAGGGGCAAGCGGGGCGGGCAGUGGUCGCAGUCCCGAAAACGGGAGGGCCUGGCCACCCGAAUGAUUAUGAAUUACGUAAAACUGACUCAUCCAUAUAAGGGUGGCCAGGGCCACAACAAGAAGGGGCGACGCGGUGGCCGCGGAGGACAAGGCGGUGGGGGGCGGGGCGGCGGGGGGCAGAGUGAAGCGAACGCAAGCUAAUAUAGACUAAGAUCAUAGAAUAAAAGAUAAAAAAAAA